ACAAAAGUCCACAAACUCUUUAUCAUGGACCAGGCCACUUUCUGCACUCUCUGUACCCCCACCCAUUCCAUUCACGGGUGUACACGCCGGAGAACUCUCCACUUCCGGUGACCAUGAACUCAAUGCACUUCACUUGGAUUUGACUUAUUCUUUCUGAGAUCAAAAGUUCAAGGCUGCAUUUUAAGCAUAUGCAGGUAUGCUUGGAAGAAACAGAUCAUCAUCGCAUUUUCGUUCGGUAUUUUUGCUCGUUGUUUUACGCGUUGUUUCGUCACAAAUUCCGUUGGGAUCAAAGCUGUCGGUGGAGGAAAAGAAUCACUGGGUUUCUCCGAAUGGGGAUUUCGCAAUCGGGUUCUUUAAGCGCUUGAAUGAGUAUGGUAUCGGGAUCCGUAUAAACUCGCGUUUGAUACCAACCGAUAAACAACCCAUUGUUUGGGCUGCUGGUGGUGACUUAAGAGUAGGAGACAAGUCGUAUUUCGAGCUCACAAAAACCGGAGAAUUCGUUCUUUUCGAUUCCACAAGAGGAGUUACCGUUUGGGCCAGCAAAACCGCCAAUUCAUCUGUUGAUUCCGCACUUCUACAAGAUGAUGGCAAUUUGGUUCUUUUGAACACGAACAAAGACAUCGUCUGGCAAAGCUUCGAGUUUCCGUCCGAUACACUUCUCCCGGGCGAGAAUUUAUCGUCAAAUCAAGUGUUACGAGCUGCUAGUCGUAAUUUGAUUUCGAGUUAUUACACUCUUCGGAUCGGUGUCGUCGGUGAUCUAGAACUCAAAUGGGAAAACAAUGUUGUUUACUGGAGAAGCGCGUCAUUCCCUUCGCGGUCAGCUUUGCGAGCCGUGCUUGCUUCUAAUGGAGCCUUCCAACUGUUUGAUCAAACUUCAAGCCCGAUAUGGUCGGUGUUUAGCGAUGAUCAUGGUGAACCGGAUGUCAAGUUUCGGGUCCUACGGUUGGAUGUGGACGGAAAUAUUCGGCUACACUCAUGGUCGAAAAACUCGACAUCGUGGAAAUUAGUUUGGCAAGCUGUCGAGAACCAAUGUGACGUUUUCGCAACCUGCGGGCUCACCGGAAUCUGUGCGUUUAACGAAUCGGGGUCCCCUGUAUGUAAAUGCCCGUUUUCUCUAUCGUCGGUUUCUUCUUCCAAAUGCUUGCUUCCUUAUAAGCAAAGCUGUAAAUCGGGUUCUUCCAUGAUUAAACUCGACCGUACUUCACUGUAUGCUAUUUACCCACCAAACGAAACUGUCGUUUCACAAGUCAGCGCUGCACAGUGUCAAAACUUGUGUCAACAAGACCAUCUGUGCACCGCCGCAACUUUCACGAACGACGGAACCGCAAAUUGCAAAAUCAAGAAAACCCAAUACGCCAGCGGUCAGUCGGGGUUAUCCAUACCUUCUGUUUCAUUUGUUAAAAUAUGUAACGAUCCUAUAGCGGUUAUACCAAAUUUGACCAAAUCUAAACCCGAUCCCCCUUCACAAAACACUCCUCCAACGCAAGAUCAUCUCUCGGUUUGCGUUAAUUGUGUGCUUGGUGUCGGUGGUGGAACGAUCAUCGUGUUUAUUAUAAUCCACUUAGGACUAAUGGGUUUCUGGAUUUACCGGAAAAGGUAUAGUUUCACGGCUCCGGAUUACGCAACCUACAGUAAAGACGGCCCGAAUCCUAGCGGGUGUCUUGCUUUAUCGUAUAGCGAAGUGAAAGAAGUUACGGAUAACUUUAAGCACCGGGUCGGGUCGAACACGUUCAAGGGUAUUCUCCCGGAAAAGCAGCCCGUUUUGGUGAAAGAUUAUAGUACGGUGAAGGUAGACCCGCGAAAGUUUAGAAGCGGGAUUUUGAAACUAGGAAGUGUUCAUCAUCGAAACCUCGUCAGGCUCGAGGGUUAUUGUUGCGAAUCGAGUUACCGAUUCCUAGUGUACGAGUACCUCAAAAACGGCUCGCUUGCUAAGUGUUUGGAGGACCCGGCAAUAGUCAAGAGACUAACGUGGAGAAAACGGCUGGACCUUUGCUUAGCGGUCGCAAGGGCCGUUUCGUACUUACACAUGGGAUGUCGGGAGUUUGUUGGUCAUGGUAGUUUAAGUUGUGAGAACGUCGUUUUGGAUGAGAAUUUAGAAGCCAAAGUGAGCGAGUACGGAUUAACAGGUUUUCUAGGUGACGGUGCAGAUGGUGGUGGGGGGAGUGCGAAGGACAUAAUGGACUUCGGAUACGUUGUUUUGACGGUGUUGAGUGAUGUGCGGGACCGUGGUUGUGACUGGGCUUACGAGAAAUGGGUGGGUGGCAAUGGAGCGGAGAUUGUGAAUAAAACGACGAUAGAAGGUGGUGUGAAUAGCGAUGAGCUUGAGCGAGUGCUGCGGAUAAUGUUUUGGUGUUUACAGUCAGAUGAGAGAAUGAGGCCUACAAUGGGAGAGAUAGUGAAUGUGUUAGAGGGUGCAAUGCCGGUUGAUCCACCACCGCCGUCUUCCGCUUGCCGGAGAAACCCGUCCGCCGCGGAAGAAUACAGGACCGGAUCCGACUCCGAUGGUUAGGCGGUUAGGAACCUAAUGCAUUAACUAAUUUUUUGUUUAUAUUGAAGCCUAACUUAGAUGUGUACAAGUUUUUAGAAUUUCAUGAUGAGUUAAUGGAAGCUUAGACGUUUUUCA